UGCCGAGUUUGGGCAUUACGGCGUUUGCAAGGCUUCUGAAAGCAACGAAAAUGGCUCCAGAGAUGACGACGGGCUGUCUAACACCUCAAGCAAGAGGCCGAGGAGAGAGGCCACAAAGUUGACGGAGGAAUCAGUCGUGUACGACCUCGUUCCUUUCGGCGUUGAAGCCGAUAAUGUCACCAGGCUUCAAGUGGACAACCUCCAGGAGGCUUUGGGAUUGCAAGGCGCAGAAGAAGAAAUGGAGUUCUCCUUCUGCCUCUGGUUUCAACUUCGUCUGAACACGUCCGUCCCGACUUUGUUUAGCUAUGCAGUCAGUGAAACCAAAACCAAUGCUAUUUUCGUUUAUGUCAACGAAGGAUUUUUCUCCUACAUGAAUGACAUUACUAGGAACUCUACCAAACUGAAGUACACUUUUGGACCUCUGCAGUGGUAUCACGUUUGCCUGGUGAAGGAGAGACUGAGCACUGACAGCCAACAGACAGCUACAGGAGGGCGGACCACCUCUGAGGCGUCCUAUAACAUAAUCCUGUACCUAGACGGGCACAAGGUGUAUGAAGAUCUGUCUGACGUUCCCUUUCCUCUCGGAGGCAUAAUGGUCAUUGGACAGGACCAGGAUGGAAUGGGGUCCGCAUUCGUCAAAGACCAGGCGCUCAUUGGUCGCGUUUCCUUCAUGGCCUUUGCAGAAGCCCUCGGACCAGGGGACGUCGAGGCGCUCUUUCGCUGCGACGUCGUUAAAGAACCGAUUCCCAUCGCCUGGAGGGCUCAUGGACGGGUGUCGAAUACUUCCUUCGACAUCUGCAGAAGCAGCGGUUAUAGGGGCACGCUGUUGCCAUACAAGACAGACAACCGGAGAAAAGCCCAAAACCUCUGCGAGAUGGUGAACAUGAGGUUAGCCCUGCCGAGGGACGAAGACGAAAAUCGAAUGUACUCAGAGCUGUUGUCUCGAGACGACGUCUGUCACGGGACGCCCUUUUUGAGUCAUAACAUUGGCUGGCUGGGCAUCUCGUACGACGAAGAGUCUGGUACACUGGCUGAAGCGGACAGCCUCCGGACGUUCAGCAAACUGGAUCGCAACAUCAGCGAUUCCAAAUCGCCCAGUGUUGUGUUGAUGAGUAACGGUUUGUGGCGGAGUAACUGGACGCGAUACGGCUGCCCUUUGUGUUACGGGAAACCCUCCGGCGAAUUCUACCUCCUGGGCUCGGAGGAGUCUGAGACUGAGGUGCAGCCGGAGGUAUUCUAUCCGAGGGUGGAUCAAGACGGCGCUUUCUUCCUGUAUUCUUUCGGGGGGAUCACCGUCGAGAAACGGGACAAGUGGAAGUUCAUCGACACGAACACGAACACCACCAUCGCUUCGACGGAGGAGCCCUACUUCCUGGGACGGAAGCCCUGGGAACUCCUGAAUAUCAGCAACGAUUCCAGGUUCUAUUCCCAUUCCUCACAGUUAAUGCUGACCCUCACCAAGUGCUCCCUGGAUGAGUUCACUUGCAAUGACGGCGACUGCAUCCCUAUGGAACAAAGGUGCGACUUUCGGCCCGACUGCGCCGACGAGGGAGAGGACGAGACAACUUGCAACAUCCUGGACAUUGCAGCUGACUACGAAACGGGGUCGCCGCCCCCUCAGAGACCCUUCAACAUAACGGCGUCCGUGAGCAUCAAGAAGGUAUCUUCAAUCGACAUCAUGACGGAGACCCUGCAGGUCUCCAUGAGAUUCUCUAUAAAAUGGUGUGACAGUCGCCUGACAUUCAAAAAUCUUCUGCAUUCGGACAGAGUGAACUACCUUGGACAGCAUCUGAGCACCCUUUGGCUUCCACAGCUCGUGGUCCUGAACGAGGAAACGCUUGCUGGAACUGCAGAAGCCAGCAAAGACCUGUUUGUUGUGAAAAAUGGUCUUCCCAUGAGAAUCGGGCAAGACUACGUCUACAGAGGGGCGGAGAAUUCGUUGGUACUGAAGCAGAAGCAGUCAUACUACAUCGCCUGCAAGUUCGACAUGAGGGCGUUUCCCUUCGACGUCCAGGAUUGCUGGAUCAACGUCACCAUCGGCAACGCCGCCCUGGAUAGCAUGAGGCUCUCCGCCGUCCUCCAGACCGUGGACAGAAACCUGAAGCUGAAUGAGUACGACGUCUUGGCGUGUAACCUCACGGUCACCAGAACCACAAUGGUUAUCAGGGUCACUUUACGGAGGUAUCCAGACUACCACAUUCUGUCGUCCUACUUUCCCGUGUUCUUGCUCCAUCUCUUGGGAUACGGGACACUCUUCAUUGAUCCACAGGAUUUCCAGGUACGAGAAGUUCUACUCGCUACACUUUUAUGAUGCAAUUAGGCUGCAGGAGUUUCUGGCGCCGACACUGUUAAAUGAAUAUAACAAUAUACUUCUGAACAAUCUUGAAAUAGAGCCUAGAUCUAUACUCUUAGAGCCUUCGACUGUUUUUUUUAUCUGGCUGUUGUUUUUGAUUGAGCUGGCCUUAUGCAAGCACGGGCUCUUGCUCAUAGAGCAGCCCGUAAAACUUUUUUUUUUAUAUGGUGAAUUUCGGAAAUGCCUUCUGGCCAUAAUUUUCGAGAUUCGUAAUUGCUGCUGAUAAAAAAAAAUGCAUGAAAAUAUUACCCACUGUUAAAUUUUUAGUUAUACUUUUCAAGAUAACCCCUUUUGGUGAAAUUCAAAAGGGACGUCUUCCAGCCCAAUUUGUUAUAGAUUAAACCGGCCUUAUGCCAGCACGGGCUCUUGCUCAUAGAGCAGCCCGUAUGAACU